GCACCUUCAAUUCAAGUCAUGGUCUGAUUGGGAUUUGCCGCUCAAUCACCAGGCUGUGGCUGAAUUCAUACAAAAAAUUGACAUUGAUUGUCACAAUAAAGGGCCCAUUCUACUCAUGUGCAGUUCAAAAAUCAGCAGGGUCGGAAUUUUGCUCUUCGUCCACAUUUGCCUGGAAAUGAUGGACAAGAAUCAGUCUUUUGAUCCAGAAUAUGUUUUGUCGAUCAUGUUGAAGCAGAACUUUUACCUUAUGUGGUCACAUAAACUAUACACUUUUGCAAACUUGGUUCUUUUGGAAUAUUUUACUGCCAACAAUGCAGUUCCAUGUGCAGAUUUUGCAGAUUACUAUAAAUCUCUUAAGGGGGAAGAGUCUGUCCAAGAGGAAUUUGAUGGAUUAUUGACGCAGCUCAAAAACGACUUGGCCCUGCGAAAGUACUUGUGUGGGGAGACAAAAGAGCGUGGUGAUGGCGUGACUCACGUGGACAGUUUUACAAGAGAAAACCAGUUCAUUGUGAUUCCCAAACCAAAGCCAAUGUACCUGUGGGGCUUCGUCCUUCAGCACAAAAUUCAGCAAAUCGUCAUUUUGAACGAAGAAAUUGUGGACCAGGAUAAUUUUCUACCGACAAAAAACAAUCCCAUAGAAUUUGCAAACGUUGAUUUCCAUUUACUCUCCGAGGACGAUUCUGACCAUAUGAAAUAUCUAUGUGUAAAAAUUAGUGAUUCCUCUGUGGCAAAAUACGCCAUGCCAACAAAAUACAUCAAUAUGGUAAUUCUGAAAGGAUGGAAAGAUGUUCACGCACUUCCCUUGCCUUCUGACCUAAUCAGCUUUUGGGAAAACAGCGAGAAACAACGCAAAGGUCCUUGGCAGACUCUCCUCAUUUGCAAGGAUGGAGCAACUUUUUGUGGUUUUUACUUGGCGAUUGGCUAUUUGGUGGAGAAAAUUCGGAUGGAGCAACUCGUGGACGUGGAAUGGGCCAUUCGAAAAUUGCACCAGCAAAAUAUUAACUUUUAUUUGCAAAAGAAAAAUUAUAGAUACCUACUUGAUGCCGCCUUAUAUUACUUGAUGUGCCACAGCAAUUAUGCAAAUUUUAAAUAGACUUUUCUGUUUUAUCGUUCUUGUUUUUAAUUUUAGUCGCAAAAUCCAUGUAUUUUACAGUGGAAAUUUCUAUUUAUCCUAGAAUUAAUUCUCUGGAUUUGAUUAAAAAUUUCUU